AAUAUUUUUCAAUACGAUCUUAUUUCGUACUUACGCCUAAAUUUAAAAUUAUUAAUAUAUAUGUAGUAAUGUUUUACUUCGAUAUAUUAUUCUUCUACACAUAAUAUCUAUACCGGGAGAAAUGAUGAAUGUAUGAAACAGAUCCAUGUACAGUGUACUUAACCUUACAAAAUUUAAGAAAGGUGAUAUACGUUAUAAAAAUAGAAAUUAUAGAAAAAUAAAAAUAAUAAAGUAGAAAUCAUGGAGAAAGAAAAAAUGCCCACUGUCUUUCAAAAGUUCACUAUUUUUAUGGAACAAAAUAAUCGAGCAGUAAUGUUUAUUAGCUAUGGCAUCACUGGAAUUGGUUUAUUAUUCGCAUUGUAUAAAAUAAGGCCAUUUGCAAAAUUUAAAAAACCAUCUGAUGUACCACGCCAUUUUCUAAGAAAUACAGAAUUACAAGGACGUGUAGCACGUAUAGAUCCUUCAUAUGGUACAUUGCUUUUGAUAGAUCAUAAACCUUUGAUACCCUUCCCACGAUUUGGCAGAGAUAAGUACUUACCAAUAAAAUUAGCUGGCAUUAACACAACUAAUCAUGGUAUAAGUUGGUUACAAAUUGUAAUUAGUGGAAAAAACAUUACAUUUCUUCCAUUAGUUAAAAAAAAGGAUUAUGUGAAUUGUAUUGUUACCUUUUCAGAAAAAAAUCAGAAAUCUAUAAAUAUCGCGGAAGAAUUAGUAAAGCUAGGUUUUGGUUCAAUAUGCAAUGAUCAAGAUUAUUUAUUAAAUAACGAAUCUACAUUAAUAUAUUACAAGUCUUUAGUCAAAGCAGAGAAAUUUGCACAAUUUAAAAGAAAUGGAUAUUGGCAUUUGGUUAAAAAGCCAACAUUUUUAUGGAAGGUUAAAUUAUUUUUAAGUGAAAAAUUAAAAUCUUUAUUGCCAAUAUUUGUAACAAAACAACUUAAUAUUUAAAUAGAUCUAUUCAAUAUUUUCAAUUUUAUAUACUUUAUCAAAACAAAAUUGUAGUUUUGAAAUGUAAAUCAUGUUUAUAAAUAUUAUACAAUAAAAAUUAAUGCCCCUAUUAA